AGUCCCUCUGCAAACUUCUCUGAAUCCGGUCGAACGCGGUUGUCCGACGGCCGUUUGUUAUUACUGAAACGCCGAAACUGAUUCCAGCCGGCCAUAAGCAACCCCUCUCGAUCGCCGCACCCUCUCUCUCUCCGUAAGAAGGACCAAAGGACACCAUGGCAUUGCAGCGGGAAGCAGGCGUGCAGGACUUCGUCCUCCUGGACCAAGUGUCCAUGGAGAAGUUCAUGGAUAACCUGCGAAAACGAUUCCAAGUUGGGUCCAUCUACACAUACAUCGGCGAGGUGUGCGUCUCGAUGAAUCCCUACAGACAGAUGAACAUCUACGGCCCGGAGACUAUUCGGAAGUACAAGGGUCGGGAGUUGUUCGAAAACGCCCCCCAUCUGUACGCGAUCGCCGAUGCUGCCUACAGGGUCCUCAAGCAGCGCCAGCAGGACACGUGCAUCCUCAUAUCCGGCGAGUCCGGAGCCGGUAAAACGGAGGCCUCCAAGAUCAUCAUGAAGUACAUUGCGGCGGUGACGAAUGCCCAGGGUCAGAACGAAAUCGAAAGGGUUAAGAACGUCCUGAUCCAGAGCAAUGCCAUCCUGGAAACCUUCGGCAACGCCAAAACCAAUCGCAACGACAACUCCAGUCGCUUUGGCAAGUACAUGGACAUCGAGUUCGACUACAAGGCGGAUCCCGUGGGUGGCAUCAUCACCAACUACCUGCUGGAGAAGUCGCGGGUGGUGCAGCAGCAGCCGGGCGAGCGGAACUUCCACAGUUUCUACCAGCUACUUCGCGGUGCCAGCGACAACGACCUGCGACAAUAUGAACUGCAGAAGGAGACGGGCAAGUACCACUACCUGAACCAGGGCAGCAUGGACAUCCUGACGGAGAAGUCCGACUACAAGGGCACCUGCAACGCCUUCAAGACCCUGGGCUUCUCCACGGACGAGGUGCAGACCAUCUGGCGGACGAUUGCGGCUGUCCUGCAUCUGGGAAAUGUGGAGUUCCAGACCAUUGAGGAUGAGCUGGUGAUCAGCAACAAGCAGCACUUGAAGUCCACGGCCAAGCUGCUCCAUGUCACCGAGUCCGAGCUGUCCACGGCACUGACCAAGAGGGUGAUCGCCGCCGGCGGCAAUGUGAUGCAAAAGGAUCACAACGCCACGCAGGCGGAGUACGGAAAGGAUGCCCUGGCCAAGGCCAUCUACGACCGGCUCUUCACCUGGAUCAUCUCCCGCAUCAACCGGGCGAUCCUCUUCCGGGGCAGCAAAACGCAGGCGAGGUUCAACUCGGUCAUCGGAGUGCUGGACAUUUACGGCUUCGAGAUCUUCGACUCCAACAGCUUCGAGCAGUUCUGCAUCAACUACUGCAACGAGAAGCUGCAGCAGUUGUUCAUAGAACUGGUGCUGAAGCAGGAGCAGGAGGAGUACCAGCGGGAGGGCAUUGAAUGGACCAACAUUGACUACUUCAACAACAAGAUCAUUUGCGAUCUCGUGGAGCAACCGCACAAGGGCAUCAUUGCCAUCAUGGACGAGGCCUGCCUCAGCGUGGGUAACGUGACCGACGACACUCUCCUGGGGGCCAUGGACAAGAACCUCAGCAAGCAUCCCCACUACACGAGUCGCCAGCUGAAGCCCACGGACAAGGAGCUGAAGCAUCGCCAGGACUUCCGCAUCACCCACUACGCCGGCGAUGUGAUCUACAACAUCAACGGGUUCAUCGAGAAGAACAAGGACACGCUGUACCAGGACUUCAAGCGCCUGCUGCACAACUCCAAGGAUGCCAACCUCAGUGAGAUGUGGCCCGAGGGAGCCCAGGACAUCAAGAAGACCACCAAGAGGCCACUGACAGCCGGCACCCUAUUCCAACGAUCCAUGGCCGAUCUUGUGGUGACCCUGCUGAAGAAGGAGCCCUUCUACGUGCGCUGCAUCAAGCCCAAUGACAUCAAGAGCUCCACUGUUUUCGAUGAGGAGCGGGUGGAGCACCAGGUGCGCUACCUCGGUCUCCUGGAGAACUUGCGGGUGCGUCGAGCCGGAUUCGUGCAUCGCCAGCGGUACGAUAAGUUCCUGCUGCGCUACAAGAUGAUCUCGCAGUACACCUGGCCCAACUUCCGGGCCGGAAGCGACCGCGACGGAGUCCGGGUGCUGAUUGAGGAGAAGGGCUUCGCGCAGGAUGUGAAGUACGGCCACACCAAGAUCUUCAUCCGCUCGCCGCGCACCCUGUUCGCCCUGGAGCAGCAGCGAAACGAGAUGAUCCCGCACAUCGUGACCCUGCUGCAGAAGCAGGUCCGCGGAUGGAUUGUGAGGAGGAACUUCAAAAAGAUGAAGGCGGCCAUUGCUAUCAUGAGGGCUUACAAGACCUACAAGCUGCGUAGCUAUGUGCAGGAGCUGGCCAACCGCUUCCGGAACGCCAAGCAGAUGCGGGACUACGGCAAGAGCAUCCAGUGGCCACAGCCGCCGCUCGCAGGGCGAAAGGCGGAAGCCAAGUUGCACCGCGUCUUCGACUUCUGGCGGGCCUGCAUGAUCCUGCGCAAGUAUCCUCGCAGCGAGUGGCCCCAGUUGCGCCUCCAGAUCAUCGCCGCCACCGCUCUGGCCGGAAGGCGACCCUACUGGGGUCAAACGCGCCGCUGGGUGGGCGACUACCUGGCCAACUCGCUGGACAACAGCGGCUACGACGCCUACAAUGCGAGUGUGCGCAAUAUAAAGAACCAACUGGCAGGAGCCGCCGGCGGGGAGUCCUUCCGCCAAGUGCUCUUCUCCGCCUUCGCCAAGAAGUUCAACCAUCACAACAAGCAGUCGGAUCGCGCCUUCAUCGUCACCGAUUCGACCAUCUACAAACUGGAGGGCAUCAAAAAGAAGUUUAAGAAUAUGAAGCGCAGCAUUGGAAUUAGGGAGUUGACUUCCAUAAGCGUGACACCUGGCCGAGAUCAACUGAUCGUCUUCCACUCCCCCAAGAACAAGGACUUGGUGUUCUCCCUGCAGGGAGAGUACACGCCCCUGAAGGAGGAUCGCAUUGGCGAGCUGGUGGGCAUUGUGUGCAAGAAGUACCAUGACCUCACCGGAACCGAGUUGCGCGUGAAUGUGAGCAACAACAUCGCCUGCCGUCUGGAGGACAAGGCCCGCACCAUUACGGUCCAGGCGGCGUCGAAUGUGGAGGUUCCCAACUUCCAUCACAAGGAAGGCAAUAUCAUCUUCGAGGUGCCAGCGGCGUAUUGCGUUUAGGGCGAAGUGUGAGCACUCCCCAACUGUAUUGUAAAUUAUGGAACCUAGUUAUAAGACGGGGCGCACCAGCCCUUUUUUCUGCUUGUGACCCAUUUGUCCAGCCGGACAUGUCAACUCUGUGUAUACCGUGCCUUCCGCUAACACCCGCUUUGUAGUUUUUAAAACGUCUUCUAGUUAGUCUAUCUGUUCUGUGUGUUUGAUCGAUUGAUUAUAAUUUUGUACAUUUUUCUAUUACGUAUGCGAUAAGGCGAUAUUUAUUACCAUCCAUGUGAGAGGACAACCUCCGCCGGUUGAGCUGGCAGGCAACAUAACGAAAAGUAUUAAAUGUACUUUGUGCAUUUCUUCAAAUAUGAUUCACAGCACACACAAACCUUUUGUAAUGAUCAGCGAUAAAGUUUGUACUUAAAACAACAUUCACGAACAUAUGUGUGCCAUUUGCAAAUAAUACAUAUUAUUUAAAUAAUAUACGAAAUAAAAAUUUUAAAAUUUGUACUUGAAGAGCGGCGAUAGAUCUUAAGGGAUCUUUUCUUGCAAAUUUGAGGAAUUCUUUACAAUGAAUCAUUGUUAUUACGAAAACAAAGAAGAAAGUUCUUUAAACAUUAAAAAAUAUUUUUAAAUUUA